AUGAACCUUUCGUCGCUGGCCGUCGCAAAGACGACACCGACCGGCGAAUCCAUCCCCGACACCGUCGCCCACCUGCGCGCUCUUCUCGACGCCUUCAACCACCGACACAAGAACCAGCAUCACUCCUCCCACUGGUGGUCGCACUUCUCGCGCCUCCGGCGCAGUCUCUGCUCGCUCCUGGACAAGGACGGGAACCCUUCUUUUGCGCAUGCGCGAUGGCUCCAAUCUCAUGUCCUGCCCCGAUCAUACAAGGCAUUCUCCCAGCUAGCUGCCGAUAAUCAACAUGCCCCCCUGGGUCUCCUCCUCCUCACAGUUCUCGCUCGCGUCCAUGCCCUCUUGACGUAUAUCCUCCCUGCAGAGGAACAGGCCCCUCCCGCCUUCAGUUCCACCCAGCAAGCCCUGCCCAGAGUUACGCCAGAAUAUGGAUCAAAGGUGGACAAGGGAAUCGCUGUAGCGCGCGAUUCUAGGGAGAACACAAGAGCUGAAUCAUUGACGGCCUCGUCUAAGUCGUUGGGCAAGCCCAUUCGCCCAAAGUCGGCGGCAGAGGAGAAGAAGAGCAAUAAAAAGAGUAAAAAGAAGAAGAAAGACGAGCUAUCUAGCCUUUUUGGCUCCUUGACGUAG